AUGGCGCCGCCACAUCGUCGCGGAGGCUGGUCUGCUGCGGGCCCUCCUCCUUGGCGAGAUUCUGAUGCGAAUGGCUACUGGAAGUGCUGCGCUUGCGGCUGUGGCAAGAACCUGGCCCGCUACUGGUUCUGCAAGCAGUGCCACGGCAAGCGCAAGGAGGUGGAGGCAGCGGCGCCCCAGCCGCCCAGCGGCGGCUGGGCUGCCCCCUGGGCGGACUGGGACAAGUGGGCAGCCAGUGGUGCCACGUCGGCGGCCCUGCCCGUGGGCCUCCAGGGAGGCACCAGCCCCCCGCCAGUGGCCGGCGACGAGGACAAGCUGUCCGAGGAGGAGCUGCUGCAGUUCAUCUCCCUCCACAAGAAGAUGGGCAACUCGUCGGCCGCCACGGCCCUCCAGCAUCGCCUCGACAAGCGCCGAGUCGGUGAUGCUCCUGUGCCGCUUCAGGCUCAGGCGUACCAGGUCGACCGUCAUAUCAAGCAGCUCGAGAAGAAGCUUCAGCAUGAUCUGGAUCAGUAUACUAAGUGGCAGAUCUGGCUCCAUGACAAGAAGGAGUCCAUCGGUUCUCUUCGUCGUGAGCUGGCCGCAGAGGUUGGCAAGUACCAGUCAUUGGUGGAGCAGCUGCGCACUCAGGUUUGUCCUCCUCCAGCGGCCCAGCCGAAGGCACGCGUGUCACUCCAGGACCUUUUGUCGGGCGAGAGUGAUUUUCUGGACAUGUCCAACAUGGAGGAGGUGUUCGGCAUCGACAGCUCGGUGUACGAGGUGCAGGAGGCCGACGCCAAGGAGCUGGAGAAGCGCACGACCCAGCUCAAGGAGGCCAUCCAGGCAUCGGCACGCCAGCUGUUCGGAGAGGCGAAGAAGAAGUUCGACGAGCUCAAGAAGGCCCACGCAGCUCAUGUCGGCAAGCUGGGCAAAAAACGUAAGGUUGGUGCUGAAGGGGCGGCUGCAGCAGCGGCACCUGGGGACGACGGCGGGGGUACCAAGCCUGAGGCGGCGCCGCCUUCGAGCGCAGGAGGCGAGGGGACCUCCUCAGCGGCGUCGUCGGGGGCGCCACCUUCUGCGUCGGCCUCGGCAUCAGCUACGGACCUCCUCGGUUUCGAAAUCACAUUGGUCAAAAUCGACUGGGAGUACCUGGUCAUCGGCGGUGACUUCGGGGUCGACGGGGCUAUGAGUGGAAUCGUCCAGGUGCCAGGGGCCGUUACGGUUUUGGUCUCAUCGGUUUACCCGUACGACAGCGAAGAACUUACAAGCAGGAAUCUUGACAUACUGGCGGCCGUCUCGGCCAGGCACUCGCUCUACGAGGGUCCUAAUGUGAUAGGUGGCGACUUCACUAUGAUUCCAGAUGUCCUGGUGUCCUCGGGAGUCCCUGGGUAUCUGAAGGCGAAUGUUAUAUACCCUGAUAUCGGCACAUGUUCUAGUACUGGGGGUUUACGAGUCCUGGACUAUUUUGUGCUAUCGUCAGGUUUUACCCGUUGCAUUCAGGAAGUCACCGCCGCCCUCGAUAGCGACAUCAAGACGCACACGCCCGCGCGCAUUCUCUUCCGCCCGCAGUUGGCUGAGCUUAAGGAUCAGGAGCCUCUCGAGUUCUUGGAGCCUUUGGAUGUUCUCUCGGCGGACGAUCUGAUAGAGAUGAAGUCGUUUCUCGGAGCGUACGGCGGCCCCUCGGCGGACACCAGCUCUGCCAUCAACCUCGGGGUCGACGACGGUGCCGGGAAGGUUCAGCAGACUCCCUUUGCUCUAGGCUUCGCGGGUCUACGCGACGCUUGGACUCAGACGUUGGCCAACCCGCCAGCUGCGUGGCGGCAGGUGCGGGGCCCCAUAGGUGCUAUGUUUCUGUCCCUCAAGCGCAUCGGCUGGAGCAUGCCCAGCUACGCGCAGAUGACGAACGACCUUGGCGUCACCUUCUCUCUCGCGACCUCCUCCCCCAGAUUGAUCAAGAACCUUCUGCGGGAAGCUGUCAUUCGUCAACUGUGCAGGCUGUCAGGCGAGAAGCUCGGAGUUGGUGCCAGGCUAUGCUACGAUUCUGUGAUUCGCGACCUCAGCAGCUCGAAAUACACGCCGUUCGAGAAAGGCUCGAUCAGAGCCAACGUCUGCGGUGCCUGCUGGACCAAGGAGCGUGCGACCCAGUGUGGUUACCAACUCCAGGACACCAGCUGCGCUUUGUGCGGCGGGCCCUCGGAUUCGAUGUUCCACAGGCUUUGGGUUUGUCUUGACCCUGAGGUCGCGGAGCUCAGACAGGAAAUUGUAGAUCCCGAUGUGUUGCAGGCGGCCAAUGAGAUUGACCCUGCUUCGUGUUCCAUGGAGGCAGCGGAGUAUUGGUCCAGGGUGGAGCGCGGCUGGCACCCGAAGGAACGCAUUCGGGUGGCAGGGCUGCUCGCGGUCGAUAUCGUGGCCAGUUCUCCAUGGUGUUCGCGAAUCCCGAUCUGCGACUCCGAGCGAUGCGAAUCCGAGCCGACCCGGCGCCGCGUCGGGCGCAAGCCGAUCCAGUGGCCGAUCAGCGGUCCGAUUCGCUGCGAUUCGAUCCAGCUCAUGCGUGCCCUGCCCGAGGAGCCUGGCGCCCCGGGCGCCCGCGGCGCCCCCGCCGCCGGCGGCGGCGCAGCGGAAACCGGCGACCCGGGCGCCGCCCUGGCUGCUGGCGGGGUCGUGGCGGAGGAGGGCGCUUCCGCGGCCGCGGCGGCGGAGGGGCGCGGUGCGGCGGAGGGAGCAGGGCCUCAUCCAGGCAAGGCGUCGUUCGAGCCUGGAGCUCGGCGCCAGGUCGCCGGAGGUAUUCCUGGUCCAACCGAGGGCGUCGACGCGCCGGACGCCUCGGAGGAGCUGCGGCGGGACAGCGUUGCGCCUUCGGCGGGCGACGGCGACUGCUACGACAACCUGCAGUCUGCCGGCGCGGGGGACGGGCGCCGCGGGUCGCACUGCAGGCUGGCACCCGACGACGAGCCCUCCGCGUCGGCCGACGAGCAGGAUCCCUGCGCUGCCUCCUGA